AGAGAGACAGAUAGACAGAGAGAGAGAGAGGAGAGAGAGAGGGUGGAGGAAUAAUUCUGCACACUGAUAUAACUCUCUCCGCUCUGGGGGUGUUGCUUUCAAAGCCGAACCUUACCUACAUCUGAGGAUAAUGCAGGGCAGAACAAGGAAAGGGCGCCCCUGUUUGGUGGCGGAAAAAGCUGAUCGUCUUGAAGGGGAGAGAAGAACCCUUGUGUCGUGAAAAGGGAGAUCCCUCCCCUCUCCCCUCUCCAGGACCUGGGCACGCGGUCCCUGCUCUGCAACUAGAAAUGGAGAACAACAGUAGCAGUGGCGGCCGGCUGGACAAGCCCACCAAUGUCUCACUGGUGGGCAGCGAGGCCGGCACGUCUGCCCUUCUGGAAUACAAGGCCACCUCCAUCUUCCUGGUGUUGGGCAUCUGUGCGGUUGGCAUCGUUGGCAACGUCAUGGUGGUGCUGGUUGUCCUGACGGCCCGUGACAUGAGGACGCCCACCAACUGCUACUUGGUCAGCCUGGCAGUGGCCGACCUGAUGGUGCUGGUGGCUGCCGGUCUGCCCAACAUCUCUGAUAGCUUGGCAGGGACGUGGAUCUACGGUUUUGCUGGGUGCCUCGGCAUCACUUACUUCCAGUACCUGGGCAUCAACGCAUCAUCCUGCUGCAUCACCGCCUUCACCGUGGAAAGGUACAUUGCCCUCUGUCACCCCAUGAAAGCUCAGAGGAUGUGCACCAUGUCACGGGCCAAGCGCAUCAUUGGCUUCAUCUGGAUCCUCACCUCCGUGUACUGCCUGAUGUGGUUCUUCCUGGUAGACACUGUGGUCAGCAAAAGCCGGCAGCUGGAGUGCGGCUACAAGGUCUCUCGGAACCUUUACCUGCCCAUCUACCUCCUGGAUUUCACCCUCUUCUUCAUCACGCCUCUGUUCCUGACAACGGUGCUGUAUGGCCUUAUUGGCAGAGUCCUCUUCCGGGGGUCAGUCCUGUGCCAGCCCACCACCGUUCCUGAACGCUGCCAAGAGCCAACUGGCAGGAGGAAGAACAGCACCAGGGCAGACCCGGCCAGGGCCGGCAGCUCCGGAACCAGGGUCCCCGUCUCUUCCCGGAAGCAGGUCACCAAGAUGCUGGCCGUGGUGGUGAUCCUCUUCGCCCUGCUCUGGAUGCCCUACCGGACCCUGGUCUUGGUGAACUCCUUCGUGGAGCGCCCGUACCUGGACCGCUGGUUCCUGCUCUUCUGCAGGGUCUGCAUUUACACCAACAGCGCCAUCAACCCCAUCAUCUACAACCUCAUGUCGCGGAAGUUCCGCCUCGCCUUCAAGAACCUUUGCAAAUGUCGGAAGGAGAAGCGGCGAGGGCAGCUGAGCGUCUACGCUGCCUCGAGGAAGGGGUCUGAUGCUGCCCACUACCAAAGCUGCAGCCGCAAGAGCAGUGUCACCAUCACCGCCAAGGAGGGGAAACGGCCCCUGCCAGGAGGGGAGGAGCGGAAGCCCCCGGCUGCGUCCCCAGGGCAGCCGCCGGCCUUGGGCAAAAGCAAGCAAGACAAGGGGCUGUGCUUUAGCAUGCUCUGAAUGCCCCCCAUCUCCCUCCCCCGAGGUCCCCUGCUACCUCUUUCUCCUCCUCCUCCUCUUCUCCAGAACAUGAAAUACUUGUGUUGCCUCUUCUGGCACAACAUUUCGGUCACUGAACAGAGAUUUUUGCUCAUUUUUCGCUUCCUGGAAUGACUUUUUCAGCUCUGGGAGGGAAGGGCAGAGAAGCCCCAAAAAGGCAGAGCGUGGAGAGCCCGUCUCUGGACUGAAGAACAGGUGAGCCCGGCAGGGAGGCUGCUGGCAGGAAGACAUCAAAGGAGAAGCCCCAGAGAGGGAGAAGAGCACCAGCGCACUUCAGCCCCUGCUCCUGAUGAAGAAAGAGGACUCUCCCCUGCUUCCUUCACAAGAGGCAGCCCAUUCUUCUGCGCCUGCUUUCGGCUCUUUCCCAAGAACAGGGGAAAUGGCCAAGCUGCAGGAGGCAGAAAGAAGGCGCGCUGGGGACAUUAUGAAAAGAAAGGCCGGCUUUGAUCUAUUUUCCAUGGUUUCCUGGGUUGUUUUCCCCUUUUCUCUCCCCUCAUCUUAGUUUCUUACAAAUUUUUGCACAAGUUGUAAGAGCCACUAGGUUUAGCUCCAAGGUUUGCUAAGCCUGCAAAUUUGCUUUGGAGGGGCAGGAAUUUCCAUCCCUUAAGCUGGAGCAUCUGUUUGCUUGACACAUUUCGGAGCCAUAUUCCCACUUCUAAUCUUGCCUCGCUUAUGGAUGGAUUUAUUAGCCGAUUUGGCUGGCUGCUUCCAGGAAGGAGGCUGGACGGAAGACUCUUGCUGCACUGUUUUUAAUGUAGUAAUUUAUGUUUGCCCCAUGGAAGUUUAACCCUUUAUGUGUCUUGGUUUCUGGGAGGUUUCUUUGCCACGCUUUCAACUCAGUUCAUUCAAAGGACUUGAGCCUUUUACCCCAAUUUCCAGCCUGUGCCCAGGCGCAUCCCUUCUGCAUUGGUGGUGCCAUGGUGGCUUCAAAGAACAGAAAUGAGUGAGUGAUUGAUCAGAUGGAUUCAUUUAUAUCAAGCCGUGGGAGCAUUGAGUGGCUGAUGACUGAAAAUGUUGUGUCUUGUUGUGUCAUCUUAUAAACGACAAUAAUCAGCAUCACCAGUAAAAUGUAUGUAUCAUUCCAAAUUAAAGGAAUUUCACACUGUUGA